UGAAUCUUUUUAAACAAAAUUAAUCAUAGACAAUUUUAUUAUUUAAAUUGAAAAAAAUAAAAAUAAAAGAGAGGGUUAAAAAUAAAAACAUCAUGAAACAUAUCAGCACCUGCAUCUUCUCUUGACAGAUGGAAUUGUAUUUAGCCCUGUUUCUUCAAAAAUCCUCUAAUGGCCUCGCACAUGCGAAGUCUGGAUGCAGACGUACCACUUACUUUGCUGAAAGUAAGAAAGGAGGAUUUUCCCAACGACUCUCUCUUUCCUCACGGUCAACCUCCUUGCAGAUGGUGGGAAGAACAUUGGAUUAAAAUUCAAAUAUGCACCUAUAGAUGAUUUGCAAGAGGGAAGGAUGCCUUUCUGUAGAAUGGGUUACGAAAUCUGCCUUGGACAACUCCAAGGACUUAAACACUACUGUGAAUUAAAGUUAACAAAUCUUAAUUAAACUAAAUAACAUGCAAUUUAAAGUAAAUUUAUGAAAACAAGAUGUACCCAAAAUAAAUUAAACAUGUUCACUGUUAAUGCUCUCUACUGACAGAUUUAAAAAUUAAACUACUGUAGAAUUGGAGAUUUUACCCUAAUUAAAACUAAAACAAACAUGAACAGGAAUUAAACUGACAUACUUGAAUUUGAGAAAAAGUGUGGACGCCAUAUAAGUAAUCAUUGAAGAAAUGCUAUUUAUCAUAAACACUAAAUUAAUUGCAGACAGAAAAGGAACAGUACCUUGAAGAAAUUUAAAAGAUUAAAGUUCAUUGCAUAAAACAACAUUGUUGAAGCAAAUACAUGAAUUAAUUGGUCUACUGGAA